AUGGCUCGAGUCAACCGCUUUGGCUUCUUAGCCAUUGCGCUGAUCUUUCAUUUGGUGUACAUUUACUCGAUAUUCGACAUUUACUUCGUUAGUCCAAUUGUUUCCGGCAUGCGAGAGUUUGGAGUGGAGAGGCCAGCUGGUGUUGAAGCUCCAGCAAAACGACUUGUUCUUUACGUUGGCGACGGUCUUCGAGCAGACAAAGCUUUCCAAUCCUUCCCAGAACCACAUCCGAAAGACGAGGCGGAUUUGGUCCCGAGGCCAUUGGCCCCGUUCCUGCGAUCGCGCGUCCUCAACCAUGGCACUUUCGGUGUCUCCCAUACAAGAGUUCCUACAGAAUCGAGACCUGGGCAUGUGGCGCUCAUUGCAGGUCUAUACGAAGAUGUGUCUGCGGUGACUACCGGGUGGAAACUCAACCCAGUGAAUUUUGACAGCGUCUUCAACAGAAGUAGGCAUACUUGGUCAUGGGGAAGUCCUGAUAUUCUGCCAAUGUUCCAACUGGGUGCUGUGCCUGGCCGUGUUGACGCUUUCACCUACAGUGCCGAGGAGGAGGACUUCUCCCAGGAUGCCGUACAUUUGGACAUUUGGGUAUUCGAUAGGGUCAAGCAAUUGUUCGCAGAUGCGGCGAAGAACGCGACUUUAGACGCUGCUUUACGACAGGACAAAGUUGUGUUCUUUCUACAUCUGCUGGGCUUGGAUACCAAUGGGCAUGGAUACCGACCCUAUUCGAAAGAAUACCUGAACAAUCUGAAGGUUGUAGAUGAGGGGGUGAAGGAGAUCACGGCACUCAUUGAAGAGUUUUACAAUGAUGAUAAGACAGCCUUUGUCUUUACUGCCGACCACGGAAUGAGUGACUGGGGAAGCCAUGGUGAUGGCCAUCCUGACAAUACUCGAACUCCCCUGGUCGCAUGGGGUUCUGGCGUCGCAAAGCCUGUUACUACCCCAGGAAAGAUUGCACCGGGCCAUGAUGAGCUCUCUUCAGAUUGGAACUUGGAUCAUAUCCAAAGACAUGAUGUCUCCCAAGCAGAUGUGGCCGCUUUGAUGGCAUAUCUAGCUGGCCUCGAUUUCCCGGUCAACUCUGUCGGAGAGCUCCCCCUAUCAUUCCUCUCUGGCAACAUUGCCGCGAAGUCUGAGGCAUUCUUAGCGAAUGCUAGGGGUAUUCUUGAUCAGUACCGAAUCAAAGAGGAGCAGAAAAAAGCUACCGAACUUCGAUAUCGACCAUUCAAAGCGUUAGGAGAUGAGGCUCAUUCUGUCGAUCACAGAUUCUCUGUUAUUCGAGACCUUAUUGACCAAGGAAAGCAUGAGGAGGCCAUCAAAGAAACUGCUGCCGUAGUCAAAGUUGGUCUCCAAGGUCUUCGAUAUCUUCAAACGUACGACUGGCUAUUCCUUCGAGCUCUGAUCACAAUCGGAUAUCUAGGAUGGAUCGCAUUUGCUCUUACUACUGUCGUUGAUCUUCAUGUCCUUCAUGGCAAGACUGAGACUUCAAGGACACUAUUUGGGAGUAUCUUCUUUUCUUCUGUUUUGAUAAUGCUCUACUCAUCCUUCAUCAUCUCGAAGUCGCCGUUUACAUACUAUGCAUAUGCUAUCUUCCCCGUUGCCUUCUGGGAAGAAGUCUACGCACGACGAAAGGCUUUGAUUGAGGGUAAAAAGCUAUUAUUUGGGCAUAUCACGUCCGCUGGCGGCUCUGUGAUGCUUAUUAUUAAGGUUGUUAUUGGUCUCGGGCUCAUCGAAUCACUUGCGUUGGGCUAUACUCAUAGGGAGGUGUUCUCUGUCCUCUUCGUCGCUGCAGCAUUCUGGCCGGCGUUCUAUGGCACCGGAUUCCUGAAAGCGAACAAGGAACUUGUUGGCACUUGGAUAGUUGCGUGCGCUAUGAUGAGCUCAUUCACACUGUUGCCUGCUAUGAAAACUGAAGAUGUCGCGCUCAUCAUGUCCGGAGGAUUUCUGAUGGUAGCCAUUGGUAUAGCCUAUUUGCUGUUCGAGAAGAGUGUGCUUGCAAAGUCGAAAUUACCUGGAGACUCGACCGCUCCAGCUGACGAUACCUUGUCGCGUUCCUUGAUCGGAAUCCAGAUUGGUUUCAUCGUUUUGGCUAUGAUUGUGACAAGGUCUAGCGCACUUUCCCUACAAGCAAAAGAAGGGUUACCGAGAGGGAACCAGAUCGUGGGCUGGAUCGUUCUAGUACUACCGCUAUUGAUGCCAUUUCUACACCGUCUUCAACCCAACAACCACUAUCUCCACCGCCUUAUGGUCAUCUUCCUAACCUUCUCGCCAAUUUUCGUUAUCCUUACCAUCUCAUACGAAGGACUCUUCUACCUUGGAUUCUGCGUCACUCUCAUAACCUGGGUCCGUCUCGAACACAAAAUAUACGUCUCUACCACCCCAUCAACAGUAACAAAAUCAAACACAAACGGCCACACCGUCCCCGCCAUCCCAACCUCCCUCUCAUCCUCGCCUUUCCGCUCCCUAACCCUAUCCGACGCCCGCACCUCCCUCUUCUUCCUCACCCUCCUCCAAGCCGCCUUCUUCUCCACCGGCAACGUAGCCUCCAUCUCCGCCUUCUCCCUCGAGUCCGUCAACCGCCUCAUCCCCAUCUUCGACCCCUUCUCCCAAGGCGCCCUCCUGAUCCUCAAACUCAUGAUCCCCUUCGCGCUCAUUUCUGCCAACCUCGGCAUCCUCAACAAACGGCUCGGCGUCGCGCCCAGCGCGCUCUUCAUGGUCGUCAUGGCGAUUAGCGAUGUGAUGACGCUGCAUUUCUUCUGGGUGGUCCGGGAUGAGGGCUCCUGGUUGGAGAUCGGGAGUACGAUUAGUCAUUUUGUGAUUGCGAGUUUGCUGUGCAUGUUUGUAGCAGCUUUGGAGGGGGUGAGUGAGUUGUUCAUUGCUGGCGUGGAGGUGGAGGAGAGUGGGGAGCAGUUGGAGAAGGAGAAGGAGCUUGGUGGUGUGGUUGUUAAUGGCAAUGGGAACGGGAAGAAGAGUGUAUAAAAUAGAUUUU